AUGCCCCUCGCCCCUGCCGCCAAGCUCUCCCUCGUGGAGAAGAAGAACAUCCGUGACGAGUGGGACUCGAAGCGGCCAGAGUACGAGGCCGAGAUCUCCAAGCUCCUCGGCACCGAGUGGACCAUCAAUGUCGACCCUCUCAUCAUUGCGCCGUAUGUCGCCGCGUCGGACAGCUAUGCCGGGCGCCCUGGCGACGUGAUCAACGGCUACUUUGACGGCGUAGCAUCCUCGCUGCAGUACUUCCUCCGCGACUACCCCGAGGGCGCGGACGAGCUGAACCGCCUCGUGCCAUCGCACCAGCUCGCGCUCGACGUCGACCACGACAACGUGUACAGCUACUGCGGGCCGUUGAUCAAGGACGGCAAGCUGUACAUCGUGUUCAAGGAGGACCGUCUGUGGGUCAACGCUUCCGACGCGCUCGACAAGGACAAGCUCCUCGAGCAGCUCGGCAAGGCGGACGCGGCGGACGCUGGCCCCGGCGCCGUCAGGUUGUCGCCUGCGGCCAAGGCCGCCAUCGGGAAGGACUACACCGAGGCCGCGGCCAACCUGCAGGAGGAGGCGCGCACGCUCCUCAAGAACGACAAGCUGGUCCUCAACCCCAACUUUGAGGCCGUCUAUGCCGCGCUGGAGCCCGUGAAGAAGGACAAGGACCCCGACAACCGCCUCGGCAACCUCUCCAAGGUGUACUUUGAGGAGUUUGUCUCGGCACUCAAGUACAACAAGUUUGACAGCGACGACUUGCUCCAGGAGGCGUGGGAGGAGGUCGUGACGUCCAACGAGGUCGUGCUACGCAUCGUCGACGAGCUCACCAGCGACCGCAAGCACGGCGACAGCUAUGCCGAGGCGGCCGUCGAGAACGGCGUGCUCUACCUCCAGACUACGCCCCAGCGCUGGGGAACCAACUGCGGCAGCACGGUCAGCAAGCUCGUCGACGUGAUCAGCGACGCUGCUUAG